AUGACAGAAGUCAAAGGCUCAGCACAUCGCUCUUUUAAGGACAAGGAUAAGCCUGUUGAAGUUCGUCUUAGCAACAUCAUUGCAGCUAAAGCUGUAGGUGAUGCUAUACGAACUUCUCUCGGUCCUAAAGGUAUGGAUAAAAUGAUUCAAACUAGUAGUGGAGAAGUGGUGAUCACCAAUGACGGGGCUACGAUUCUAAAACACAUGUCGGUCUUGCAUCCCGCAGCCAAAAUGCUUGUGGAUUUAUCCGCAGCCCAGGACAUAGAAGCAGGUGACGGCACUACAUCAGUUGUGGUGAUAGCCGGUGCAUUAUUGGGUGCUGCGGAAAAAAUGCUAGCUAAAGGCAUUCAUCCUACCACAAUUGCUGAAUCUUUUCAGCGUGCCGCUGGAAAAGCAACAGAAUUUUUGACGGAGAUGGCUAUUUCUAUUGAUUUGUCUGAUCGAGAUUCAUUAUUAAGAGCUGCUAGCACUUCACUGAACUCAAAGAUCGUGUCUCAAUACUCUAGUCUUCUCUCUCCAAUUGCUGUUGAUGCGGUGUUACGCGUCAUUGAUCCUAAUAAUGCUACGAAUGUGGACUUGAAUGAUAUUAGAAUAGUGAAGAAGGUGGGGGGUACCAUUGACGACACAGAAUUAGUGGAUGGACUUGUUUUAUCACAGAAUGUGAUCAAGAGCGCUAAUGGUCCGACUCGUAUGGAAAAAGCGAAAAUUGGGUUGAUUCAAUUCCAAUUGUCACCACCAAAACCUGACAUGGAAAAUCAAAUUGUGGUUAAUGAUUACAGGUUAAUGGAUAAAAUAUUGAAAGAGGAACGUCAAUAUUUACUUAAUAUGUGCAAAAAGAUAAAGAAGACGGGAUGUAACGUUUUGUUGAUCCAAAAAUCCAUCCUGCGGGAUGCUGUCAAUGAUUUGUCACUACAUUUUCUUGCCAAACUUAAAAUAUUGGCUAUAAAGGAUAUUGAAAGAGAUGAAAUUGAGUUUAUUUGCAAGAGUACUGGAUGUAAACCAAUUGCCGAUAUUGAUUCAUUUACCGAGGAUAAACUCGGUAAUGCCGAGCUUAUUGAUGAGAUUCAGGCCUCGGGAGCUCGAAUUGUUAAAAUCACGGGUGUAAAGCAUAAUGGCAAAACUGUGUCAGUUUUGAUUCGUGGUGCCAACUCGCUUGUAUUAGAAGAAGCUGAUCGAUCUCUGCACGAUGCUUUGGCUUUAAUAGCUGGCGGUGGCGCACCAGAAAUUGAAGUCUCUCAACGAUUGUACGAUUACGCGAAGACGCUUAAAGGCAUGGAAGCUUAUUGUUUUGAAGCUUUCGCCGAAGCGCUGGAAGUUAUUCCGACCACGCUUGCUGAGAAUGCAGGCUUGAAUCCGAUAGCGAUCGUCACUGAACUAAUUAAUAGGCACGCGCAAGGAGAAAAAACUGCUGGCAUCAAUGUUCGAAAGGGUACUAUAACUAAUAUCCUCAAAGAGAAUGUUAUACAACCAUUACUUGUGUCGACUAGCGCUAUCGAGUUGGCUGCAGAGACUGUAAAGAUGCUCUUGAAGAUUGAUGAUUUGGUACAAGUACGGUGA